GCCCGCCCACGCCCAACCUCCGGUGACACUAUUUCCGAAGGCUCUUGAGCCGGCGGAAGCGGAAGCACCGCAGAGGUGGGGGCGGCAGGAAGAGUCUGUCGCGUUUCUCGGUCCCUCUCAACCACAAAAACAGACGGAGGGCCGGCGUAAGUGAGCCGCGGCCUGGGAGGCUGUCGCGAAGGUGGAGGCCCUGCUAGAGACGCUGACAGGAAGAUCGGACUGUCGUUUGAAAGGGGUUUAAGGACUCCAGCAGGUGUUUUGAACUAAAAUCAUAGGCCAGAUUUGUUCUUUGGCACUAAGGACAGCACAACAAUGGGGCCACGAAAGAAAAGUGUGAAAAUGUGUCUGAUGGACGAUGAGAUCGCAGAGGAAACCAUAACAGAGGAAACGAAGGACUACAUGAACCAGCUGUCACAUGAAGUGCUUUGUCAUAUUUUUAGGUACCUCCCCCUGCAGGAUAUCAUGUGCAUGGAAUGUCUCUCUCGGAAGCUAAAGGAAGCAGUUACUCUGUAUCUGAGAGUUGUCAGAGUGGUGGAUCUCUGUGCAGGCCGGUGGUGGGAAUAUAUGCCGAGUGGCUUCACAGAUUCCAGUUUCCUCACUCUUUUGAAGAAGAUGCCAGAUGUUGAACAGCUGUAUGGCCUUCACCCUAGAUACCUCGAGAGGCGAAGAGUGAGGGGCCAUGAGGCUUUCAGCAUUCCAGGAGUCCUAGAAGCUUUGCAAGCAUGCCCAAACUUGGUGGGUGUAGAAACAUCUCAUUUGGAGUUGGUAGAAUCCAUUUGGACAUAUAUGCCGCAUGUUCAUAUUUUGGGGAAAUUUCGUAAUCGUAACGGAGCAUUUCCAAUUCCUCCUGAAAAUAAACUGAAAAUCCCCAUAGGAGCCAAAAUCCAAACUUUGCAUUUAGUUGGGGUCAAUGUUCCUGAAAUCCCCUGCAUCCCGAUGCUAAGGCACCUGUACAUGAAGUGGGUGAGACUCACUAAGCCACAGCCAUUUAAAGAUUUUCUUUGCAUCAGCUUGAGAACCUUUGUCAUGAGGAACUGCGCAGGACCUACAAAUUCCUUGAAAUAUGUGCCCUUAGUAACUGGUCUGGCAUCUGCCCGGAACUUGGAACACUUAGAAAUGGUCCGAGUCCCUUUCCUGGGAGGUCUCAUCCAACAUGUGGUUGAAGACAGCUGGAGAUCAGGAGGUUUUAGAAAUCUGCACACUAUUGUUUUAGGAGCUUGCAAGAAUGCCCUGGAAGUAGAUCUCGGUUACCUCAUCAUUACUGCUGCCCGUAGGUUACACGAAGUUCGCAUCCAACCUUCUUUAACCAAAGAUGGUGUCUUUUCUGCCCUAAAGAUGGCAGAAUUGGAGUUUCCACAAUUUGAAACCCUGCACCUGGGAUACGUAGAUGAGUUCUUGUUGCAGAGCAGAAUGGCUAAUGCAGAUUUGGUGAAGUAUGGUUUGGCAGAUGUGGUCGAAAAUCCUGGUAUCAUCACUGAUAUAGGAAUGAAGGCAGUCAAUGAAGUUUUUUCCUGUAUCAAAUAUCUGGCAAUUUAUAACUGUCCUCAUCUACACAACCCAUACAAUUGGAUCUCAGAUCACUCUAGGUGGACACGGCUGGUUGAUAUCAACCUCGUGCGAUGCCAUGCUUUGAAGCUGGAUUCUUUCGGUCAGUUUAUUGAAUUAUUGCCCAGCCUGGAGUUUAUUUCCCUGGACCAGAUGUUCCGUGAGCCACCCAAGGGCUGUGCUCGAGUUGGUCUGAGUGCAGGCACUGGAAUUGGGGUUUCCUCGGCACUUGUUAGCAACCAGAAUUCCAACAAUGACAAUGAUAAUAAUGCUCAGAAUAAUAAUGCCAACAUCCAUGACAACAAUCACCAUCACCCAGACGAUUCGGAUGAGGAGAAUGACUUUCGUCAAGACCUACAGCCGGGAGAGCAGCAGUUUGCAGCUGAUGCAUUAAAUGAGAUGGAAGACAUGGUACAGGAGGAUGGAGAGGUGGGAGCUGAGAGUGGAAGUGACGUGCCAGCUCCCAAUCAGGGACUCCUUCCUAUGGAUGCUGAUGAGGAACAAGCAGGACCUAGUGGUCUACAGCGCGUAGUAAAACCUCCCCCAAUUACAGUUCACGAUUCCGAGAGUGAUGACGAAGAAGACAGUCUAGAACUACAAGAAGUCUGGAUUCCUAAGAAUGGUGCCCGCCGUUAUUCGGAACGGGAAGAGAAAAACGGAGAGUCGGUCCAAUCUAGGGAGCUGGCAGUAAGUGGAAAAGGCAAGACUCCACUUCGGAAGAGGCACAGCUCCCAUCAGACGGGCCCGUCGAAGCAGUUUCCCCUGGAGGAGGGCAGCUGUGAGAAAGGCUGUCAGGUCACCAGUGAGCAGAUCAAAGCCGAUAUGAAAGCAGCGAGGGAUAUUCCUGAAAAGAAAAAAAGCAAGGAUGCUCAUCCCAGCUGCAGCAGCACCACCGCCAGCACAGUGGGAAACUCCAGCUCACCUAGCCCUGCUUCUCAGAGCCCCGACUUUGUAAGGACGGUGACCAGCGGGGGUUCUUCUGAGCCUAGCCCUGCAGAAGUGGAUGUGUCCAGGCAGUGUGUCUGCUCCCCUGGUGGGUCAGAGGACUCUGAGGCCAUGGAGGAGGGAGAUGCAGAGAGUUCUGUCUGCCCCAGAUGCUGCUGUCACAGGCCCCAGGAGUCCCAAAGGAGAACUAGCAGGUGUUCUGAUGAGGAACGUCCUUCAACCAGCCGAGCCUGUGUUGUGAAUGGCCCGGAUGGUACGAGAUCCGCCUUUUCCUUUAGGACUCUGCCACAAGGGGGGUCUUCAGGCCCAGCACAUGAUGAGAGGACUAAUGGGAGUGGCUGUGGGGCUACAGGUGAGGACAGGAGGGGGAGCUCCCAGCCUGAGAGUUGUGCCGUGCAGUCUAAUGAAGACUACCCUCGGAGGCCCCUUACCAGGGCCAGGAGCAGACUGUCCCAUGUACCGCUGAUAUCUGAGUCAGAAGUUGCCAAAACAAAGCCAUGUCAUUCCGUGAAGCGGAAGCGAACUGCAGAUAAGUCUACCAGUACCAGUGAUCCUGUGAUUGAGGAUGACCAUGUGCAGGUUCUUGUAUUAAAAUCUAAAAAUCUUGUUGGAGUCACAAUGACCAAUUGUGGAAUCACAGAUCUUGUGCUGAAAGAUUGCCCCAAGAUGAUGUUCAUCCAUGCUACCAGGUGCAGGGUACUGAAACAUUUAAAAGUAGAAAAUGCACCGAUUGUAAACCGAUUUGACUAUGCACAGUGCAAGAAACUAAAUAUGGAUCAGGUCCUAGACCAAAUACUGAAGAUGCCACCAGAGAGGAACCGCAUCAUCUACCUGCGUCCAAUGCAGCAGGUAGAUACACUAACUUUGGAGCAGAAGCUGUUUAGUGGCCCCUACCCCUAUCACAUUUGUAUCAUCCAUGAGUUCAGUAAUCCUCCUAACGUGCGGAACAAGGUGCGCAUUCGCAACUGGAUGGACACUAUAGCCAAUAUCAAUCAAGAACUCAUUAAAUAUGAAUUCUUCCUGGAAGCCACUCGGACUGAAGAAGAUUUAAAGAAGUAUCCUAAGUACCCCUGGGGGAGAGAAAUUUACACUUUAGAGGGUGUUGUGGAUGGAGCACCAUAUUCCAUGAUUUCUGACUUCCCUUGGCUGAGGUCACUACGAGCAGCAGAGCCCAACAGCUUCGCCAGAUACGAUUUUGAAGAUGAUGAAGAGAGUACCAUCUAUGCUCCUCGAAGGAAAGGACAGCUGUCUGCAGAUAUUUGUAUGGAAACAAUAGGAGAGGAGAUCUCAGAGAUGCGUCAGAUGAAAAGGGGCGUAUUUCAGCGAGUGGUGGCCAUUUUUAUCCACUACUGUGAUGUCAAUGGAGAGCCAGUUGAAGACGACUACAUUUAAAGAGACCUUCCCUGGCUUUUCUGCCUCAGAACGAUCAAGAAGAACUUGACCAGGAACUUACACAGGAACUUCGGGCUUGGAAUUGGGAGGCCCUGGCUCAGUUUGUUAUAUAGGAAAUAUAUAAGGAACAUGGAAAUUGUAUACAAAGAUUUAUAUAUAGAAGAAAUAUACAAAGACACUUCCAAAAGUAACAUCUUUAUAUCUUAUGUUUAUACAUCUUAAUUUAAAGAAGUCAUUUGAAUGAAGGCAGAUAAUUGACAGUUGAUUUUGUUCCCUUUUCCUGACUUAGUUCUCAGUGCUGUGUGACUGAGCCCGUUUUCUCUGCUACUCGCCAUUGUCCCUUCAGUCUGUGCCUUUUCUUCUUCAGCAGAGUGUCUGCGUCAGUGCUAAAGUGCUGUGUCCUGUGUGUUCUGUUAUUAUAAUGCCACCUAACCCUCAGUCAGAGGAAGCUGUCUCUGUACUGUGGUGGGCUUCUUUUCUUCUUAGUGUUUACAUUUGGCAUAUUUCUUUAAAUGAAAAGAUCCACAAACUUAAAAAAUGAAUUUGAAGGGCAAAUAGAAAGUUUUCAGAACAUUUCUAGUUAUUUAUUUCCGCAUUCAAUUGUGUAUAUGCUUUAUCUUGAACAUAAAAAUAAACAUUUAGUAAAAGCUU